CGUAUCGCCUCGCCCUGGCUCCGGGGCUCCAGAUGCAGCAGAGCGGCGGCAGCCUUGCUAACAGACUGCUAGCGUCAGUGACUCUGGCAGCCGGGCACGGCGCUGUUCCGUCUCAGAGCAGGCAGAGAGGGACCCGCGGCGGGUAGACAGUACACACAACCUCCAAGUCGGAUUUCUGUGAUAUCACUGGGAGUAAUGUGGCAAAACCAGGCGGACUGGCUGGAAAAAGGUGCCCGGUGACUGGAAGUAGGUGCGGCCUGGCUGGGGAGCCUAAAGCGGAUAUUUCCGGAAUAUCACACUAUGCUGAAUAUGACAGCCAGUUAGCUCCGCUAAGAAAAUCUGAGUCAGGCAUGGCAACGUCUUCCUACUUGGAGCCAAACCUCAAACACUCUGCAGCAGGUGGGUGUGGGGUUAAAUCCCGGUCCGGGGUGGCCGGCAGUACUGGUGUUGGUACCAGUGGCUCUGCUGGUGGUGUUGAGCGGACACCGGGUUCUAUGGAUCGGGUUCUGAAGAUUUUCCACUACUUUGAGACAAACAGUGAACCAAGCACCUGGGCGAGUAAUAUAAGACAUGGAGAUGCUACUGAUGUCAGGGGAGUCAUCCAAAAGAUAGCGGAAAUCCACAAAUUGCGCUGUGUCACUUCACUUGGCCUCCGUUUAACACAUUUGCACACGGACGCACGCCAUUGGUUACAUCCUGACUUGGGAGUCUCUCAUGUCAGGGAGAAAUAUGAGAAACAGCACCCACAGGAAGAGUGGAGGUACGAACUGCGGAUGCGUUACUUUCCGAAAGGUUACCUCAGUCAUUUCUCGGAAGACAAACCCUCGCUCAACUACCUCUAUCACCAGGUUAAGAGUGACUACAUGCAACAUAUCGCAGAUCAGGUGGAUCAAGAUAUCGCUUUGAAACUGGGCUGUCUGGAAAUAAGGCGUUUCUUCAGAGAGAUGCCAGGAAAUGCCCUUGACAAGAAAUCCAACUACGAACUCCUAGAGAAAGAUGUUGGUUUAAGAAGGUUCUUCCCUAAAAGCCUACUGGACUCUUUAAAGGCAAAGGCUCUCCGCAAGCAGAUCCAGCAGACGUUUAAGCAGUUUGCCAACCUCAACGAUGAGCAGAGCAUCCACAAGUUCUUUGAGAUAAUCUCUCCCAUCUACCACUUCGACAAAGAGUGCUUCAAAUGUGCUUUAGGGUCUAGUUGGGUAAUAUCAGUCGAGUUGGCAAUCGGACCAGAGGAAGGAAUCAGCUACCUCACAGAUAAGGGCUCAAUGCCUACCCACUUAGCUAACUUCAACCAGGUUCAGUCCAUCCAAUAUUCAGCUUUGGAGGAAAAGGACAGGAAAGGCAUGCUGCAGCUCAACGUAGCAGGAGCUCCAGAGCCCCUCACAGUCACCACAGCGUCGCUGACCACAGCAGAAAACAUGGCCGACUUGAUUGACGGUUACUGUCGACUCUUCUCCUUAGCUACUCACUCCUUCAUCGUCAGAGUCCACAAGGAGGGCGACAGAGCACUACCAUCUCUGCCAAAAGUGUCAAAUCACGAGAGGCGGAUGGAAAAACGGAUGGAGGGAGUACGAACCAGAGCAGUUUGUGUGUCAGGGCACACUAGUGGCGAUGAAACAGACGACUAUGCUGAGAUCAUAGAUGAGGAAGAUACCUAUACAAUGCCUUCAAAAUACUAUGGACUAGAUCAAGCACAGGACUAUGAGAUUCAGAGGGACCGCAUUGAGUUGGGCCGCUGCAUAGGUGAGGGUCAGUUUGGGGACGUCCACCAAGGAGUCUACAUCAGCCCGGAGAACCCGGCACUGUCAGUAGCUGUGAAGACAUGUAAGAACUCAACAUCGGACAGUGUCAGGGAGAAAUUUCUCCAAGAAGCACUCACCAUGCGUCAGUUUGACCAUCCUCACAUUGUGAAACUGAUGGGCGUCAUUACAGAGAAUCCAGUCUGGAUCAUCAUGGAGCUUUGCACACUGGGAGAGUUACGCUCCUUCCUGCAAGUGAGAAAGUACAGCCUAGACCUGGCUACUCUCAUCCUGUACUCCUACCAGCUCAGCACGGCAUUGGCCUACCUCGAGAGCAAACGCUUUGUACACAGGGACAUAGCAGCACGGAACGUCCUGGUAUCCACCGUGGAUUGUGUGAAGCUGGGUGAUUUUGGUCUGUCACGGUACAUGGAAGACAGUUCUUAUUACAAAGCAUCUAAGGGAAAGCUGCCUAUUAAAUGGAUGGCUCCUGAGUCUAUCAAUUUUAGAAGAUUUACCACAGCCAGUGAUGUCUGGAUGUUUGGUGUCUGUAUGUGGGAGAUUUUAAUGUACGGCAUUAAGCCUUUCCAAGGUGUGAAAAACAAUGACGUCAUUGGCAGGAUAGAAAAUGGAGAACGACUGGCCAUGCCCCCGCAGUGCCCCCCUACCCUCUACAGUUUGAUGACGAAGUGCUGGUCGUAUGAUCCCAGCAAAAGGCCGCGCUUCAAUGAACUGAAAACCCAGCUCAGUACCAUACUAGAGGAGGAGAAGCUUCAGCAGAAGGAGAGGAACAGGAUGGAGAUGAGGAGGCAGGUCACCGUUUCUUGGGACUCGGGAGGAUCUGAUGAAGCACCACCAAAACCCAGUAGACCAGGUUACCCCAGUCCGCGAUCCAGUGAAAGUUACUACCCCAAUCCCCAGCACCCUGGACACUACCAGAUGGCAGGGUACCCCGGCCCUCACACGCUCCCUUCGGUGCCCAGCGCCCUCUACCCACCGUCGGCCGCAAUGCUGGACACUCAUCACGCGCACACGCACCCUCGCCACCACGUCCACGCGCACUCACAUGUACAGCACCUCCCCCAGUCGCACGGACAGGACAUGGUCCAUUGGGGCUCAGCCAUGGAGGACAGGGAACUAGACUUGCAGCCGUGUGUAGGCCAGCAGUGCCUGUUAAUGGAGGAACAGCUGAUGCUACAACAGCAGCAGAUGGAGGAGGAUCGAAGGUGGCUGGAGCAAGAGGAAAGGCUGCUGACUCUUGACGGUGAUGAGCGGCGAGGGAGGAGGGGCGAGCCCCAAGUACACCACCUUCAUACUUCGAAACCAGACACCAGAAGCUCUCGGGGGAGUCUGGACCGAGAUGACGGAGGACUCCCGCUUCCAGCGGGAAACCAGCACAUAUACCAGCCCGUGGGCAAAGCAGAGCUUGUGGCCCCUCCAAAGAAACCCCCUCGACCCGGGGCCCAGAGCCAAGGGAGCAGUCUGGCUGGUCUGAACUCUGCUGACAGCUACAAUGAUGGACUCAAGCUGCAGCCCCAAGAGAUCAGCCCCCCACCCACCGCCAAUCUGGACCGCUCCAAUGACAAGGUGUACGAGAACGUAACGGGAUUGGUGAAAGCUGUGAUCGAGAUGUCCAGCAAGAUUCAGCCAGCUCCUCCAGAGGAGUACGUUCCCAUGGUCAAGGAUGUGGGCCUCGCAUUGAGGACUUUGUUGGCCACCGUGGAUGAGACGCUACCGCAACUUCCUGCCAGCACACACAGAGAGAUUGAGAUGGCGCAAAAGCUUUUGAACUCUGACUUGGCAGAGCUGAUUGGGAAAAUGAAGUUAGCUCAACAGUAUGUGAUGACCAGUCUUCAGCAGGACUAUAAAAAACAGAUGUUAACUGCGGCCCACGCCCUUGCUGUGGACGCUAAGAAUCUGCUGGAUGUCAUCGACCAAUCCCGGCUCAAGAUGAUGUCCCAGCCCCGCCCACAUUAACCUCACAUCUGAGGGGUCCCACACACAGGUGCUGGUUAUGGACUCGGUGGAUCACUCUACUUCCUUAAGUGAGCCUUCUUGGAGGACUGAUCUGAGCUGAUCCCUUCAUUUAACUCUGCACCACUGUGACUUUGGAAGAAAAAAAAAAAGAACCGAGCAAAAACAGUUCCUGAAUCAGGGAUUUGGCAGCUUUGCUCUCUGUGGACUCGACUGAGGAGGAAGCGAGGAUAAAGUGAUGAUGGCCAUGACUGAGAACUUUGCCAUUGCUGUGCUUUGUGUCCAAACUGGUGGCGUCAGUAAGCCAAGCCAUGAGAACAUGACUCUUAUCAGCUGCAUCACUUCCGCACGACAAGGAGGAACUCCAGCAUGUCCACGAGCAGUCCUGACAGAGAAACCUUCACGUCUCCCCUCAUCUCUCUCUCUCUCUCUCUCUCUCUCUCUCUCUCUCUCUCUCUCUCUCUCUCUCUCUCUCUCUCUCUCUCUCUCUCUCUCUCUCUCUCUCUCUCUCUAUCUAUCUAUCUAUCUUUCUCUAUCUAUCAAUCUCUAUCUCUCUUUCUCUGUCUCUUCCCCCGUCACGACGGGUUUUAUUUAUAGCAACAGAAACUACACACAAUGAUACCGAAGGACUUUGCCUUUUCAUUUUCCUUCAUCGUCACUACUCUUCCUGUUGUCUUCCUCGCUCACAUCCUUUCUAAGCAGGUUGCUAAGACUCUAAAUGUGAACAAUUCACCUUUUUUGUGUCCUUGUGAACAAUCACAGUCUUCUUACUGGAAAAUGACAACAUAUUCUAUCCCAGCAGCACUAAGGAGGAGGAGGAGGAUGGUGGAUCAUGAGGGUCUGUGUUUUCUUCCCAACAUGGAGAAAGGAGGCUGUCAUCAGUUUUACGAUGACAUCAUCUCCUCUUCACCGACCCACACACACACACACCACUGAUGUCACAAAGUGACUGGACAGGAACACUGAGCCGCUUUAACUGGAAUUUCAUCUUGCACAUAUUGAACUGAAAACACAAACGGCACAUGUGUGUUUGUGUGCUAGCAAAAGUGUGUGUGGGGCGUGACAUACAGGUAUGGAGGAGAGCAUUAUUUGCACAGCACCAGAAUAAAUCAAGUGAGUUGACCCAGGUUCUAUUCCCACGAUUAGCCAGCCAAUCCGCACCUGGGCAAUAUAGUAGGGUUUAAAAAGAUGUAAAAUAAACCAUUUAUUUUUUUCCUCUUUA